UCAGACAACUCAACACCCAGUUGAGCGGCAACAUUUGACAAGUGCAGAACUAUUUCUUUGGCUCAAGCAAAGAAACUUAAAACUUAGACCCACAGCAAAAUAAAAAACUACACUCUACUAAAAUGGCAACUUUGAUCAGAAAAUUGAUUAGCACUAAUAACGCUGCCAAGCCAGUGGCACCCUACAAUCAAGCUGUUGUGGCUGAUCGUACUGUGUACGUUUCUGGUUGUUUGGGUUUGGAUAAGGCAACCAUGAAAUUGGUGCCGGGUGGUGCUGUCGAACAAACUGAAAUGGCCUUGAAGAAUCUAGAAGCUGUACUUGUUGCUGCUGAUUCUGGCGUCGAUAAGGUUGUAAAAAAUACCAUCUUUUUGAAGGAUCUCAAUGAUUUUGGUGCCGUUAAUGAGGUGUACAAAAAGGUAUUCAACAAAGAUUUCCCCGCCCGUAGCUGUUUCCAAGUUGCCCGCUUACCCAUGGAUGCUUUGGUAGAAAUUGAAUGCAUUGCCAUGACUGGUGAUGUCAAGACCUCCACCUCAGCUUGACUAGAUGAGUCGAAAACCAAGACGUUCUCGAAAUUGUAAUUUGUUUCAUUCUUUUUAUAAAAACUAUAAAUAAAUAAAUCGGUUUAAAAAAUA